AGAAAGAUAAAAGUGAUAAAAAAGAAAACAGAAGUGAUGAAGAGAAAAGUAAUGAAGAGAAAAAUAGAAAUAGCGAAGAAGAAAGUAAUGAAAAAAAUGGAGAUGAAGAAAAUAUUUACUAUCAUUCGUGA